UUAAUUUACUGCUAGUGUGGCUCACUAGCAGUAACAGUGGUUUAAAUUGUUUACCGCAGAGAGGAAAGGAUUCGGCGUUUAACCUCAUAAUAUUUAAUUUUCGCAACCACUGACCACUAAGUCAAUAUUUAUUUAUAUAAGAGAUGUGCAUUUUUUAAAUAUAUGUGAAUAAGAAAACAGGAAGAAGCAUUUCUACAGUAACUACUCAUCGUUAUUUAUGGCAAAUAAACAACAAAUUUGAGUUGUAACAGGUUUUCAUAGUGGAGAGGUGUGUCGGUGUUUUGUGUAUUUCUACGUCGUGUGGGCUUUUAAUCAUCAUCACCAGAAACUUAAGGUAUUUUGCUAAGUUUAUUUGCGCGUAAUUUUAUCGGAACAAAAUGAAACGCGACAAAGGAGCUGAUGAUGAAAAAGAAAAAUCAACAUAUUUGGGUUUUGAUCUAAGCACCCAAAAGAAAAUUUGUUCCCCUUCUUCCUUUAUUUACAGCUUAAAGCCGUCCAAUUAAAUAAUAAACUAGAAAUUCUUGUAACUGCUGAAGUGCAGUUCGAUUCGGAUCUUCCAGAGUUUCGGACACAGGGCGGAGCCAAUGCAGGAUCUAGGAAAAAUGAAUACUUCGUCCAACCUGUUAUGUGGGUCAAGGCCCUUGACAUUGUUAUGGAUCGCCUGGUUAUGGAGGGUGCCGACUUAAGUACCGUAAUGGCCAUUGGAGGCUCUGCACAACAGCACGGCUCUCUGUAUUGGUCGCGACAUGGCAUCGAAACUUUAAAAAAUCUUGACCCAGAUAAAUUUUUGCAUUUACAAAUCGAUGAUUCAGCAUUUGUUUUAACCCGUACACCAAUUUGGAUGGACGGUUCUACAGAGAAUCAGUGCCUUGAAAUGGAAACAGCCAUAGGUGGUCCGCAAGAAAUGGUUACAAUAACCGGCAGUAAAUGUUAUCCCCGCUUUACUGGUCCACAGAUACGUAAAGUCUAUCAACAACGUACACAUGCCUAUGAGGAUUCGAAACGUAUCUCAUUGGUAAGCAGUUUUUUGGCCUCAUUAUUCAUUGGAGAUGUGGCGUCCAUUGAUUAUGCUGAUGCCUCCGGAAUGAAUUUAUUUGAUAUUAAUACCAAAACAUGGUCAAAAGCCUGUUUGAAUGCUUGUGCACCCGAUUUGGAAGAACGUCUCGGCACUGCUGUACCAACAAAUUCAUGUUUGGGAAAUAUUUGUGAAUUCUUUGUGCAACGUUUUGGUAUGCCGCCCGAAUGUCGUGUGGCAGCAUUUACCGGGGACAAUCCUUCAGCAUUGUCCGGCAUGUUGGUGGAAAAAGAUUGGUUAGUUAUGUCCUUGGGCACCAGUGAUACAUUAAUGAUGAAUUUAGAACAGCCACCUCAUUUGGAGCAGGGACAUGUACUGUGUCAUCCCACCGAACAAGAUCAAUAUAUGGGAUUGUUAUGUUUCCGUAAUGGUUCCUUGGUCAGAGAUGCUAUGAAGCGAGCUGAGGCACAAAAUAGCUGGGAAACAUUUAGUGCCUUGCUGGAUUCUACACCGCGUGGUAAUUAUGGUAACAUGGCAUUACAUUUUAACACCAUGGAAAUUAUACCCCAGGCCAAGGGUGUAUUGCGUUGGAAUAAAACUCAUUCGGCCGCAUCUCCAGAUGCUGUCAAAGGUGUUCUCAAGUUCACAUCUCCAGAGGCUGAAAUACGAGCUUUAAUUGAAGGACAAAUGUUACAUAAACGUGCCAUUGCCUCAGAUAUGGGUUUUCAUUUUGGCGGAGAAACAAAAAUCAUUGCCACUGGUGGAGCUUCCGUUAAUAAAUCAAUUUUACAGGUUAUUUCGGAUGUAUUCAAUGCACCGGUCUACAUUCAGAAAGCCAGUGAGGCUGCUCUAUUGGGAGCUGCUUAUCGUGCGAAAUAUUGUGAAUAUUUAGCACAGAGCCAGGAAGAUACCAAAGCAACGAAUGAAGAUAGUAAUAUUCAAAGCUACCAUGAUUUCAUUUUACCCUUCAUACCGAAUCAUGUGGAACUUGUUUGUGAACCCAGUAAAGAUAGCGCUGAUAUAUAUACACCAAUGUUGGAUCGUUAUCGGGCCAUGGCCAAUGUUUUACAACAGAAUAAAUGAUAUUUUUGUACAAAGUCAUGUUUUAUAACAAACUCUCACAGAUAGACUCGAUUAAAGAAAUUUAGAAGAAACGAAACAGAUUAAGAAAAUCAUACAUUCCUCUUUACAUUAUGUGUCUUGUUUAAGAUAUUAUAUGGACGCUCCAUCCAAAUCUUUACUAAUACGCCAAUUUUUCCUAAGAAUCUAAAUACUACAACUAAGAACAAGUGCAAUCGUUUUUUAUGACAAAUAAAAAAAUAAUAUUUUUGUUAAAAA